CCUGGACAAAGACUCAGCGACACAGAGACACAGAGACACUGGAGGCUGCCUACUCACUCACUCACUCACUCACUCGCUCGCUCGAUCGCUCAGCACAAUCCUCUCCAGACCCCCUCUCCUGUUGCAAUGGCCUGUCAGGGAAAACUCUUGGUGCUGCUGGCGGUGUUGCUGGCUUUGAGCGCUCAGCUAUCCUCCGGGCAGCACUGGUCACACGGCUGGUACCCAGGGGGCAAGAGAGAGCUGGAGGGCUUGCAGUCCCCCGAGGAUUCAGAUGAAGUAAAGUUGUGUGAUGGAGACGAGUGCAGCUAUCUGAGGCGUCCUCGAAAAAACAUCUUGAGGAGUAUUCUGGCUGACAUGCUCACAAGGCAGAUGCAGAGGAAGAAGUGACCUCCCCUCCCUCCCCUCCUCACACACUCAGAAGACCCUAUGACCCCCUGAAGUCCAGGUCUGCACUGAGCUACAAACCAGGGACAUGAAAUCAGUUCAUCAAAGUACCCCCUCCCCCCCGUCUGAAUCCACAUUACUGUAAGAGGAAUGAAAUUGUAAUGCAUUGUAAAUCCAAAAAAUAAAAAGAUUUAUUUUGCUACUUAGACCCAACCUGUCAACCUGA